CAAAGUCAAUCGUCUUGGGCGGAAUGGGCUACCUACACGUCGUGGUCUAUUUCAUUCUCGCUGCUGUUUCUGCACAGGAUGUGAAAUAUUACCUCGAGGGUCAGGACAUACGCUUGGUGCCAUACAUUGUUGGAAAGCCUAACGUAAUUGUCUGGACACAUGGUGGAGACGAUGUGGUAAUCUGGGAAUGGAGCAUGGAGCAAAGAGUGUUCCCUCCGUAUGACAACAGAAUCAUUUUGGACCGGGCCUCUGCAGAACUCACCAUCAAAAAUGCCACAUAUGAAGACAGUGGAGACUAUGACCUGGAAGUGUUGAUAAACAAGUGGAUGCCUCAUUUUAGGUAUAGAAUUGAGGUCAUAGACAAAGUAUCCAAACCCAACAUAUCCUGUGAGAUGAGCGACGCAAAGCAAGCGACUCUCGUGUGCUCUACAGAGUCCAAACACCCUCAUUUAUUAGAGUUUAAGUGGAGCUCACGUGGAAAUGAGCAGACUGCACCAAAUUUAACAAUAACUGUCGAGAAUGACGACGUUUAUUGUUGUGAGGUCAGCAACCCUCUGACCAAUGAAACGGCUUCAUUCAAUGCAAAGGACUGCUUCCCGGAUGAAAGAUAACAUGCUCGAUGUGUUGUCAUCCUCUCCGCCCCCAUCUUCAUCAUGUUCAUCAUGUUGUGCCGUGUUUUAUACAGACAAUGUCAACAUUUAAAAGACAUGAACGCUACCACGGAACCUGAGGACACCAAGUAUGACAAAGUAUUGCAAGAAGAUUCUGGGGGAAAUGUGAAAAAUGAAGAUGACUUAUUAAGUCAAGAAAGACUCAUCCGGCGCCGAGGAAAAAAAGUCAGAAGGAGAAACAGCUGGGCAGGAACCGACUUCACACACGGAACAACAUACUUCAAAAACAUCUCAUUGAGAAGGGAUAUUUCUUUAAGGACAACAAUGUCGAGGUCUUGGACAGAGAGGACAGAUGUAUUGACAGAGGAGUGAAGGAAGCCAUCUAUGUCAAACUAAAAACAGAGGUGGAGGUCUGCGGCAUCACCUAUGCAUCAGCUUACAACAACAUCCUAACAUGUCUUCCCAGAAGAAUGUCUCCCAGCUGCCAUUGUUUGUACCAUCUGCUUUCUGAAAGCACUACUGGUAACAUUAUUGGGGUGAAUAAUGUAAUAAUGUGUCAUUUGGAGCUAAGGAAGGAUUAAGGCACUGUUAACUGUGACCAGGCCUCAAAAUGUAUUGAUUGUAACGCUAUUAGAGUACUGUAUAUGUAACUACAUUCUUGUCCUAAAGAGAUACAAGAUUUUCAAAUGAUUCUUGAUGUUGUGAAGAGCAGAGAGGAAGAAAUAACUGCAGUAUGUCUGACUUACGAUGAUGGGCUUAUGAUCUAAAAAGGUUGAUGAACCAAUAUUGCACUUUUCAAAGUAUUCACAGUAAAUGUCUACCAAAUGUAACAUAAAUGGAAUAUCUCAGGUUAUAGCUUUCAUUUACGAGCAGAUCUUGUACUUGGAAUUGUAUGUAUGUUUGUCAUGCUGUACAUGUGAAUGUUUGUUUUAUACAUCCAGUCCAUCACAAGCUUUUAUUGGAAAGAUGCCACACAGUAUCAUAUAGGGAUGCUCCGAGAGAAAAACCAAAAACUGAUCAGCGUGCCGCCCGAGCUCUGUGAAGUAGGGUUGCCGACACCCGUCCUGAGCCGCCACGCGAUGCACUUUGUCCCACAUGACCGUGAGCAUCAACACAAUUUGACACUUUGACACAGGCUACACCGAUCGAUGCCAGCGUGUUUGAUCGCUCCCUUAUCAAACCUAUUGCUGUUUGACUUUUCUUGCAUCGUGGUUUACACGCUUUGCCUAACUGCCACUGGCGGCAGCUAGCUAGCUAGCUAGAGCUACUCGCCUAACGUCUCAUUUUGGACUCCAAAUAUGAGUUUUUACCACAGUGACAUUUUAGUUUGAAGACAAACCAGCAAUGUGGUUAGUGAUGGAAGGUGGAGACCCCUGGAGCCUGGACACUAAAUGUAUUCUGUUUUAGCUAAGCAGGACAGAUUUCUAUUUAAUAAAGAUAUUUGUUUGUAUUCUUUUAAUAUGUUCAUUUUGUUAUCUUGAAAUCAAAAAUCAAUUAUU